GUUUUAAUGCUCCUGUAGUCCUCUUCACUACCCUACCCUCCCUUGAUUGAUUCAAAUACAUUAAUACAAUACGGAGAUACAGAGAAAGUGACAUUUUCUCUGCAAAUCUCUAAUUAAUUUCCAUUUCCAUCCUUUAUUUUCCCUUUUUUUUUUUCUCUCUGUUUCUUUUCGAUUUCUUUGAAAUAUAUUAAUUAUUCUUUACUGAACUGGAAUGAACGUAGAUAUCACACACAAAUAAGCACACUCACGCAUAUCGAGGCUACCUUCUUCUCUGCACCCACUGUUACAGAUUCCUCUCUCUCCUGCUUUUAACACUUCCUCUGUUUUGUUUGCAUAAUUGCAGGUCCUUCUCUCUCUAUUUCUGUCUGUGUGAAAUCUGAUUACAGCAUUGGCUUUCAAUCUUCAGGUUUCUGUUAAUGGCUUAGAUUUUUUUUGACUUCUCAACCGCUCUUUGCUUGUUCGUGUUACCAUCUUAUUGUGAAAACAACUACUCCCUUCUCCGCCUUUUCACUUUCGGCUCUGUUUUUCCCCUGAAAGAAAAGAAAAGAUAAACCAUAUCAUUUUUUCUACUUCAUUUUCGGUUUGUACUGUCUUACUCUUGUCUCAAUCCUGUAAUCAGAGCUUUCUUCAAGUGGGUUUCUCGUUUCUUGUACAACAACACAACGCAUUUGCUUCUGUUGCUGUAGAAAAGCCCGCUCUGCUCUAAACCAAAGUUGGGUUUUUAAGAAGAAAGGGUUUUGCCUUUUUUCCUUCGUAUCAUUCCUUCAUUUUCAUUACCAUUGUGAAUUUCUUCAGGUGCAUUUAUAAUUGUUUCCAGAGUUUUUAUGGUCUUCUAGGCAGAUUCUAAAGAGCGAAGUUAGUAUACUAGAACGGUGUCGUUCAAGCUCUUGGGAAUAGUGGGUUUAAGAAAUGUCUAUGAGUACGAGGAAAAUGCAGUUAGAGUGCAAUUUCUGGUGAAAAAAAGUUUAUUUAUUUAUUUAUUUUCAUUCUGUUUGGAUACUCAAAAAUGGAGUUCAUUUCAUGAAACGGGUACUCAUUUCUUACUUUAAAAAUGGGUUCUGCAAGCUCUAAAGCAGAGAGAAAUGAAGCUUUGCGUUUAUGCAAAGAGCGAAGGAGGUUCAUAAAGCAAGCAAUAGAUUCAAGGUACAAUCUUGCAGCAGCUCAUGUAUCUUAUAUUAUCUCUUUAAAAAACCUUGGCAUAGCUCUCCGGCGAUUUGCAGAGGCAGAGAUUUUGAUAGAAUCUUCUCUAUCAACAACGUCUGCAACUGAACUUGACAAAACCCCAUCACACUCCUCAUACCCUUCUCCCUCUCCCUCUCACAUUGCAGAGGUUUCCGAUUCACCUUUGCAUAAUGAAAGUCCCAUUUCACCCCCAGUGGUGAAAAUGAGUUAUAUGAGAGCAGGGGGAGUUAGCAAUUCUGUGACUGUAAAGAUUAGUUUGAAUAAUGGUAAUGAUGGUUUUGUUGAAGAUGAAUCGUUAGGGUUUUCCAUGCCAAUGCCGCCUCCUCCUCCUCCUCCUCCUCCUUUUGAGUCAGGUGGUUCUUGGGAUUAUUUUGAUCCAAGUGAUAAUUGUGAAAGUUUUAGGUUUUUUAGGGGCAAUGAAUUGGAUGUGGAUUUUGAUGAUUUCAAAGGUUGGAAUGAAUUUCGGGGUCAAAGGGUUGGCAUUGACCAUAAUGUGGUAGAUGCUAAGGGGAAAUGGACUAACGUUGGUUUAGAUGGAAACGGUCACGUAAAUGAAGGAAAUUUAGGACCUAAAUUGGAGCAAAAGGGUUUAGAAACCUCCAGUAAUUCUAAAGUACUAAAUGCUAGCUUUGUUGCAAGAGUAGAAGGCAAUUCCCAUUCAAUUAGACAACCAAUAGAUAUUCAAGUGAGGCAGGCAGAAAUAGCACAAAAUGUGACUCUUUUGCAAUCUGGUUCAAAGAAAGAGAAAGCAGUGACCAUGAAAGAUUUAUCUGCAGAGAGAGAAGAUCCUUCAGAAUUCAUUACUCAUAGAGCGAAGGAUUUUCUUUCAAGUAUCAAGGAUAUAGAGCAUCGGUUUUUUAGAGCUUCUGAAUCUGGCAAGGAGGUUUCCAGGAUGCUUGAAGCAAACAAUAUAAGGGUUGGAUAUUCUGAGACAAAAGGGAGUUCAUCUGCCUCAGCAAUUCUGGCAAAUUUUCAGGUUUGCUGCCGUGGAAAGACUGCACUUGUUUCUCAUGAACCAGCAGAACAUGUUACUAAGGUUAUUACCUGGAAGCGGACAGCAUCUUCAAGGUCAUCUUCUUCUAGAAAUCCACUUGCCACAGCCGCAAGAGACGAUGUGUCUGACAGUGGUAGUGAUUUUGUAGAAGAAUUCUGCAUGAUUGCUGGAAGUCAUUCCUCCACCCUUGAUAGGCUGUAUGCAUGGGAAAGAAAACUAUAUGACGAAGUAAAGGCAAGUGAAUUCAUCAGGAAGGAGUAUGAUCGGAAAUGUAACCAACUCCGGCACCAAUUCGCCAAGGAUCAUAGUGCCCAAGUGAUUGACAAGACUAGAGCAGUUGUGAAGGAUCUACAUUCACGGAUAAUAGUGGCAAUUCACUCCGUUGAUACUAUUUCAAAGAGGAUUGAGAAAAUGAGAGAUGAAGAAUUGCAGCCACAACUUCUAGAGCUAAUUCAAGGGCUGAUCAGGAUGUGGAAGGCCAUGCUCGAAUGCCAUCAUUCACAGUAUAUCACCAUCUCAUUGGCAUACCACUCAAGAAAUGCUACAGGAACUCCUCAGGGAGAUACUCGCAGGCAGAUUAUGGCUCAGCUUCAGGAGGAGAUUGAGUGUUUUGGCUUAAGCUUUGCAAACUGGGUCAACAGUCUCGCAUCCUAUGUGGAAGCCCUUAAUGGUUGGCUACAACACUGCAUCUUGCAGCCACAGGAGCGUUCCAAGAGCAGGAAACCAUUCUCCCCUCGUCGAGCUGUGGCGCCACCUAUUUUUGUUCUCUGUCGUGAUUGGUCAGCUGGGAUCAAAGCUUUGCCAUCUGAGGAACUUAGCAAUGCCAUUAAAACCUUCUUAUUUGACUUGUGUGAUUUAAUGGACCAACAAGUACAAAAGAAAGAGAAAUCAGUUGACGCAAACAAUGGAGAAUCAGAGGGCAAAGAUGAUGAUGAGAAAAAUGAUGAGACCUCGUCAAACUUGCCGUGCAUCCAAGCAAGUUUGACAAAGGUUCUUGAUAGACUAAACAAAUUUUCUGAGGCUUCGCUGAAAAUGUACGAGGACAUUAGACAGAGAAGUGAAGCAGCUCGAUUGGCAUACUUGAAUUGCAGGCCAGCUAGAUAUUAAAGGUUAUGUAAUUAUGAGCAGUGUUAUGUAAUUAUAAAGCAUUUUCACUCAGUUUAUGAUUGGUACUUGGAGACGAAAAUAGAUACUUGUAAAUGUUGAAAGUAUCGGUUCAAGGAGUGUUUGGGGAGAGUUAGAAUUUGUUUUGCAGCAUUGCAGAAAUAGUGUUUUGCAUCUUACUAGGAUUCUUUAGUUUUUUGAGCUUUGUAUUGCUUUCCAACCAGAAAAUAUAGAUUUUUGCAGCCUUUUUGAGUUUUUA